UAGUGCUGUCCAGGGGUCAAAAACUGAUCAUACCUCCUUCUGAAGCGCUCACAGAACGGCCUGCCUCCCUGAAGCCAUGCAGGACUCCGAAAUUCUGCUCAAACUUCUCUACUGUGUAAGUAUCAUGCAGCAAAUGACCUUAGUAUUGGGUGGCCCCACUCAAGAUGAUCUCAACUGUCCUGAACACAAAUCCCACUGUGUCCAAGAGUCACAGGAAAAAGACGAGGGAAAAGGAGCAAAUGUUGCCAUCUCUGGUUCUACUUCUGUUGCCAUGGUGGAAAUUGAGGAUAAAAGAAAAAAAAUGAGCCAACAUAUGAUGUCAUUUCCUUCGUCACCUGAUGAUUUAAGUGUACCAAGGGCAAUUUCAGAUUCGCAGACCCUUGCAAGUGGAUCUUUGGAAAGAUUACCUAACCUAGAGAUGGCAACAAUGAGGUGCCCAGCUGAUACUACAUAUGAAACGGAAUCUGAAUGGACUGAAUCAUCUGGUUUUUAUCAAGAAAGGGCAAUUGAAGAGUCCACAGGGGUGCUUGACACUGAGUGUCAACCUCGGACCAUGAGGGUGAGAAAUAUUAAUUCAACAGCAGGUGGAUACGUUCCACAAUCUGAAGAGUCUUUCAAGAUGAGCACUGCAGUCAAAUUAGAGGUCAAAGGUCAAACCAAGAAGAAGCCCUUGCCAACACCACAGUUAUCUGUUUCAACUCUGAAGAACAGUACAGCCUUUUCAAUGAACACAGCCACAAAUGUCCCUCUGACUGAUAUUUUAAAAACAGCCAAUGAAAAGUCUCAAACAAAAUCCAUUGAGGAUUCAAUCACAGCGCCAAGUGGUUCCCCUCAAAACCUUAACAAUGUAACGGAAACCAGCACCGGCAGAACCUCUGUCAGUAAAGUAAAGUCACAGGAGAAGAAUAAAGAAAUCAGAGUGACUUUCAGCCCUGGGGAAGCAAGUACUGCACUGAGAGAGAGAGAGCAAGAAAAUAUAAAAGAUACAGAUGAGACUUUACAGAUUAGACGUGAACAAAAAGCAUCUGUGAAUGGAGAAUCAGAAACUGAUGACUGUUAUUCAGGUGCUAUUGCUGCCUGUCCAGGACAUCCUACCACUGCACCAAGUAUAACAACAGAGAACCGCUCCAAUCAGAUGCAGAGAAACAUACACAGAGAAGGAAGUCUAGUACGAACACUGGGUUUCAGAGGGCCAAGGGGGUAUCCAGGCCCACCUGGCUUACCAGGCCUUCCAGGUGAAAAAGGAGACAAAGGCUACGCAGGAGUGAUGGGCCGGACGGGCCGGACAGGGGACAGAGGACCGUUUGGACCCCCCGGCAUGCCAGCUAUCAUAGUCUGGGACACGUCAGAAGAGGAGUGGCAAGUGUUCAAGAACAAGAAAUUCUACAAAAAACUACUGUCAUUGUGGCCGCAAGUAAAGGGAUUACCCGGACCUUCGGGACCACUUGGAGAUCAUGGACCACGUGGCCCCCCUGGAGUUCCAGGCAAACAGGGGAGGAAGGGAGAGCGAGGGAAACCUGGAAGAUCAGGAUCCGUUGGAAUGCCAGGACCACCUGGGAGAUCAGGACCAGAGGGCACAGCUGGCAAGAAUGGGGAGACAGGCCAACCUGGAGAACCUGGGGAGGAUGGCCCAAAAGGUUAUGAGGGAGAGAAGGGCAGUAAAGGGGAGCUGGGUGAGUGGGGUGACCUUGGGGAACAGGGGCUUCGGGGAAUCAAAGGAAAGAAAGGAGAGAAGGGGAAAAAGGGAGAGAAGGGUCUAGCCGGGGUAAUAGGAUAUAUUGGGCCACCUGGUCCCAGAGGACCACAAGGAUUCAUGGGGCCGACUGGUCCACCUGGACAGACAGGGGGGCUCGGGUUCACUGGAUCACCAGGAUCACCAGGACGUACGGGACCGAGAGGGUUGAAGGGAGUUCCGGGCGUCAACGGACCCCCUGGUCAGCUUGGUGAUAUAGGGCCAAGGGGGCCACCUGGCAAGCAGGGAGAGGAAGGGCCUGAUGGUAUUGUUGGUAGUCCUGGUGUUCCUGGACCACAGGGAAAACCAGGAGAAGGACAUGCAGGUCAAAAAGGAGAUCCGGGAAAUCCAGGAAUUGAAGGAAGCAUUGGAGAUCCAGGACCACCGGGUAUAAAAGGUGCCAAUGGAAAACCCGGAAAACUUGGACCCUCAGGUGAUCCAGGUCUGAAAUCCCAGCGUGGAAUUAAAGGAGAUUCUGGCCAAAAAGGAGAUCAAGGUCUUCCAGGGUUGCCAGGUAAACAGGGAUUCAGAGGCAGAGGAGGGCAUUCUGGUGUACAGGGAGAGAUAGGCCCACCUGGACCUGCUGGUUUACCAGGGCCCACGGGCUAUGAUGGACCUAUUGGAGAUCCGGGGAGACAGGGACAAGAUGGACUUAAGGGAGAGAGAGGUCCUCUGGGUAUCCAAGGUGUUCAUGGACCACGAGGUGACAAGGGUCGAAUUGGCCAAGGAGGAUUUUCUGGUUUUCCAGGACCUUUGGGGGAGAUGGGAAAAUCAGGAGAACAAGGACCUGAAGGAGAGCCCGGUACUAAGGGUAGACAAGGGGUCCCCGGAGGAAUUGGGUUUAAAGGUGAAAAGGGACUGCAGGGUGUUUUGGGGAGUAGAGGACAGGAUGGCACUCGUGGUGCACCUGGAUCGAUUGGAUCACCGGGAUCAGAUGGAGAUAGAGGACCUACAGGAACACGAGGUUUACAGGGAAAGCCUGGUGCACCAGGAAUCCAAGGUCCUAUUGGAAAAACUGGGGAACCAGGGAGCCGAGGUCUCGCUGGCAAACCUGGAAAGCCUGGAAUCAGGGGUGUCAAAGGCAGAGAGGGUUCAGUAGGGUUUCAUGGCAGUCCUGGGGAAAAGGGGAAGAAUGGCCCUGAGGGGCCAAAAGGAAAGCCUGGUCAGCCAGGUCCUCGAGGCAUACCAGGAGAGAAAGGCUACAUUGGACCGCCUGGACCACAAGGAAACAUAGGCCAGUGGGGUGAGGCAGGUCUGCAGGGGCCACUAGGAAAUCAAGGGCCCCGAGGACCUCCUGGGCCGAAUGGAGUGGCUGGGUACCCAGGUAAAGAUGGACCACCUGGACCCCUCGGACCUCCAGGAGAAAAAGGCAAUAAGGGACUGAAAGGAGCCAGUGGACAGAAGGGAGUUGCCGGUAUCGAUGGUGAGGAGGGCCCGGUGGGUGAAACUGGACCACUCGGACCAGCAGGAAGUAAAGGAUUGCCUGGUGAGAAGGGUAAAAAAGGGUUUCUUGGUGAACGUGGCCUAAAAGGAAUCCCAGGCGAGAGUGAAAAUCGAGGACCACCUGGAGCGAAAGGACCAAUAGGAAGAGAUGGGUUGAGUGGUGCUCCAGGGCAGAAGGGAGAUCCUGGAUCCCCAGGUGAAAAAGGUCAGCCAGGUGUAAGAGGUCAAUCCGGCUUGGUGGGGAAGUACGGUCGUGGGGGGAGCAUGGGAGAAGCUGGUGAUAAAGGCGACAAAGGUCUACGUGGACUUAUUGGUGAUACAGGAAAAAAUGGGCCUCCAGGUCCAAAGGGUGCUGUUGGGUUACUGGGUUUGCCAGGAAAAGAAGGAUUUGUUGGACAAAGUGGAAAGCAAGGGCUGAAAGGAGAACCUGGACUUAAAGGGGAUUCAGGGGGCCCUGGGAGGAGAGGAUCAAUUGGUGUUCAAGGUCCAAGUAAGAAGAAAGGAGAGCCUGGAAAAAGAGGCAAAAUGGGUCCAGUGGGUCAGCCAGGAGCUGUGGGUCCUCACGGUCUGAAGGGAAAGCAAGGAUCUUCAGGAACUCCAGGGGAAAGAGGAGUCAAGGGUCAAAAAGGGCCAAAAGGAGUGAGCGGUUCUCAUGGAAGGAGAGGCAGUAAAGGUGUUGCAGGAAAGCCAGGACCUCAAGGACCAAAAGGGAAAAAUGGCAAUCCUGGUCUCCGUGGAAAGCCAGGUCGUAGUGGAACAGAUGGACUGCUGGGAGUUAUAGGCACUGAGGGCGACCCAGGUGACAUUGGGUUCAGAGGACCUCCAGGGAGACCGGGUCUUCCAGGUAGUGCUGGCGCCCCAGGAAUACCUGGUUUGCAAGGGAGUCGAGGACUAUCUGGACCAAAGGGCUCUAUAGGACCGAAAGGGAAACCAGGGCCCACUGGGCUGAUAGGGCCGAAGGGGAUUCCAGGACUUCAAGGUGAAAAGGGAGAUGUUGGACUGAAAGGAAGUAAGAGCCAUAUUGGAAUUAGAGGAUUGCAAGGGCCCAUUGGACCACCAGGAGAAAAGGGAAAACAAGGUUCUCCAGGGUUCAAGGGGCGGCCUGGGCCAAAAGGCAUACAGGGUGACGCUGGUGCUCGUGGGCCUCCUGGUGACAAAGGAUUUCCUGGUUCAACUGGUCCACCAGGAAGGAAGGGUAUGAAAGGAGUUCAGGGAAUAUCAGGACAAAAAGGUGUGAAAGGUCGAAGAGGACCACCUGGAAAACCAGGUAUUCGCAGCAAGCUGACACCAGGGCUUCACACUUCACCUCAUUCUCAGAGAAAAGCCUCACUAAAUAAAGCAAGUUUGUUAUCACGAAAGUCUCGAUUUGAUGACCUCGAAGAUGGGAUUAAGGAAAAUAGCCACUCACAAGGAACCAAAGAGAGCCCAGCAACCACCUGCAGAGAGUUGAGUCUCAGCCAGCCUCACCUCAGAGACGGGCACUACUACGUUGAUCCUAACCACGGAUGUCCAUUUGAUGCACUCCGUGUUUUUUGUAACUUCACUGCUGGUGGUCUAACUUGUGUGUCUCCUGUCCAGUCUAAAAUUUCAGGAAUAUGGCCAUCAGUGGACAGCUCUCAAAAGGGGUUUAGUGAGCCUCACAGAGGCUUCAAGUUUGAGUACAGAGGCCUCGAUGUUGUCCAACUGCGAUUCCUACGCUUGCACAGUGACUCUGCCACACAAAGCAUCAGCCUGAAAUGUCCCAAAAAACCCAGCCCCGCUGCUGAGCGCAAGGAUACCACCAAGAGGGUGCUGCACUUACGAGGAGACUCCAAUGAAGAAAUCCAUCCAUCCCAUGUCAUCAUAUCACAGCAUGAUUGUGAGGUAACAGCACAGGUGAGGGUUCUGGGGAAUUCAGAGCUCCACAGAGGAGACAUGCAACUACUUCCCAUAAGAGAUGUUUUUUUAGAGAGCGGAGGGGAGAUCUUGGAAGGAAAUGCGAUCAUCGUCCUUGGGCAUCUGUGCUUCUUAUAGUCUCAUUCUCUUUCCAAAAAUAGAUGGUAUUCACAGAGCUCCUGGGAGGAAUGUAAUGUUCCCAGCUGAGCUGACAGUACAUUACAAUGAGACCUUGAGUAAUGUAUUAUAAGUAAUGUCUAUAAGUAAUGUUACCUUACAUUAUGUAAGGUACUUUAUGAUCAGUGAUUUCCAGCAUAGCUGAAUUUGCUGCCUCUCUGGGUUUAUAUUAUUCAGAUUUCCUGUAGACUGAAAGUGGUGCAAUAAUUGUUUGCGUGUGUGUAGUGAGCAUGUGAGAAUUUAUUUAGACUCGUGUGUCAGUGGGUUGUGAGUAUUUAUGAUAAUGAUUUAUUUAUGUAAGUUUUAAAGAUUUGUAUUCAAUACCUUAAUGUUUUACUUACUGAUAUAAAACAUUUAAAACCGUAGGGCAUUCUUACUUUCUGUAUUUUGCUAAAAAAUGUUAUGUUCUUUCUAGAAAUGUGUCAUGAAAUGCCCCCCUUUUUUGCAAUAUUCCUAAUUUUACAAUAAACAAAUCCUGGAUUACUACUGUUUUUUCUUUUUUUUU